UCCUCCCUCCCACCUCUAGCCGCCAGGUCCGCGACAAACCGCCAGGCUUCGCCCUGAAUGGCAGAGGCGCCUGCAGCUGCCAAUCCCAAAAAUAUUCUCUGAUGACACAGCUGGAGGACAGGAGCCCAGUCUGGCUCCUCCAAGCUAAGUUUAGAGCAGGCGGGGACCACCUGCCCCCCACCAGAGCCCCAGUUCUAGCCCCAGCCCAUCCCCCACGCUUUGUCAGCAGCUGCUUGAUUGAAAGGAGCCCCAGAAGGACUGAGGGGGCGGGUGCAUUCUGUCUUUGGACAAAUGGCACUUUCAGAAGCUGGUCAACCUCAGCUGCCACGCUCCUGUCUCACUUGAUGUUACCUCUGUGUUGGGUGCUGGCACGUGAGGCACUGCGUGUGUAUGUGUGUGCGCACACACACGCACUGAGUAUAGGAAAUGGCGCAUGCUUGUAUGUGUGGACAGGUUACUUGGGGUGAACGACCUUUCCACCCCUCGCCCCCACAUUCUUGGCGGGAGUGGGAGAUAAGGCUCAGGGCCACAGACAGCUGCGUCAGAGAUUAGGAGGUCUCAAUGCCAUGUGUAGGGGCAACUGGGACUGCAAGGCGUGGGAAGCACUGGGGAAGACCCGGGUGGGAAGAGUAGAAGAGGGCAGGUGGUGGGAUGGGGAGGGGACAGUGGGGAGGCUCUGGGCAGACCCUGGAAGGAGGGACCCAGGCCAGGCCGUGGGUUCCCCGUAGGCAAGACCAGGUGAGCUAUGGUGCCCCAGCUGCCCCUGCUGCUCCUUUUGCUGUUGGGCCCACAGGAGGGUCAUGGCUGCCAAGGAAUGGAGCUGGACCGGGAGCUUGUCUUGGCCAAGGUGAAGGCCCUGUUCCUGGAUGCCUUGGGUCCCCCUGCAGUGGCUGGGGAAGGUGAGGUUCCUGGAGUCAGGCGGCUGCCACGAAGACACACCGAAGGUGGCUUCAUCCGCAGGGGCUCCAAACCAGAGGAGGAAGAUGUCUCCCAGGCCAUCCUUUUCCCGGCCACAGGAUUGAAGGAACCCUGCACCUGGAGUGACUGGCCCAUGGAAGGCUUCUGGGAGACCAAGUGUCUAAAGACAAGAGUUGUCUGGGCCUCUGCUUCUUACUUCAAGCUCUGUGCCACCUGUGAGGACGAGGCAGCUGUUGGAGUGCUGGCCCAGGAGGCUUCAGAGGGUCUCUUCACAUAUGUGUUCCGGCCGUCCCAGCACACGCGGAGCCGCCAGGUGAUUUCAGCACAGCUGUGGUUCCACACUGGGCUGGACAGGACGGGCUCAGCAGCCUCCAAUAGCUCAAGGCCCCUGCUGGACCUGCUGGUGCUGUCAUCUGGGGCUCCAGUGGCUGUGCCCAUGUCCUUGGGCCAGGCUCCCCCUCGCUGGGCAGUGCUGCGGCUGGCAACCUCUGCUCUCCCAUUGCUGACCCACCCUGUCCUGGUGCUAUUGCUGCGCUGUCCUCUGUGUUCCUGCUCGGCCCGGCCUGAGACCACACCCUUCCUUGUGGCCCACACUCGGCCCAGACCACCCAUUGGAGGGGAGAGAGCCCGGCGCUCAACUCCCCCCAUGCCCUGGCCUUGGUCUCCCGCUGCUCUGCGCCUGCUGCAGAGGCCUCCGGAGGAGCCCGCUGUCCAUGCCUACUGCCACAGAGCUGCACUCAACAUCUCCUUCCAGGAGCUGGGCUGGGACCGGUGGAUCGUGCACCCUCCCAGUUUUAUCUUCCACUACUGCCAUGGUGGCUGUGGGCUCCUCGCUCCACCAGACCUGCUCCAGCCAGUCCCUGGAGUCCCCCAUACCUCUGUCCAGCCCCUUACUCUGGUGCCAGGGGCCCAGCCCUGCUGUGCUGCCCUCCUGGGAACCAUGAGGCCCCUACAUGUCCGCACUACCUCAGAUGGGGGCUACUCUUUCAAGUAUGAGAUGGUGCCCAACCUUCUCACACAACACUGUGCUUGUAUCUAAAAGGGUCCCGCUUCCUUAUCUCAUGGCUGGUGGCCAAGCACCCAUCAUCAUCAGUUAGGAGGAGGGAAGAGUGUGGAAAAUUAGUGGUUCUCACUCCCUCUUUGACUUCUCUGCCUGAGGGCUCUCCUCCCCAUACCACUCCUGUCCCAUGGGUGACAUGUGACAAUAAAGAACACAGUGCAUACAACUUGG